GAGCCCCCCCGGCCUGCUCCAGCCCAGCCAGGCCCCUGUCACUUUGAGGUCAAGCAGUUCCUGGACUGUGCCACCAACCAGACUGACCUGAGUUUAUGUGAGGGCUUCAACGAGGCCCUCAAACAGUGCAAGUACUCCCACGGUAUGACCUCACUGGUGUGAAGGAUAAGUGUUGCCUGUCAUGACAGACAUUUCAGUAAUUAAACACACUGUAGACAACACAUAACUUCCGGCAGUAAGCAUUUGUUGGUUGAUGACAAUGGUAAUGUACAGUGAUAAACCUUUAAUAAAUAGCUGCUAUCUACUUACACAUUC